UUUUUAAAGUUUUAAGAAUUAUACUCUAUACAACAGUGUGUAUUUUAUUUUAUUUUAUAAAUUUAUAAAAAAAAUAACUUGAAAAUUUGAAUUAUUGCUUAGUUUCCAAGCAACCUAUACAAGUCAUUAUAUAUAUGGGUUCCUUCCUAUAGAUUAAAAGACCAAAAAAGAGAGAAAAAAAUGAUUGAAAACUUGAAACGGCCAGAAAUAAUAUACAACCUGUAGUGCCAAGAAAGAUUGAAACAGAGAGAAGAGAAAAGAAAAUAUAUAUCUUUUUCGAGUGGAAGAAAACCGGAGAGAAAAUAUGUCGUCCCCAUGGCUUUGUGGGUUUCGCUUCAAACCUACGGACGAGGAUCUCGUUCACUUCUAUCUUCAAAAGAAGUUGGACAGACAAGCAUUACCCCUUGGUUUGAUCACCGAAUGUGAUAUUUAUGCCGGGAAUCCAUGGAAGAUCUUGGACAAUGUCAAGAACUUUGAUGGGUUCUAUUAUGUGUUCACCAAUUUGAAGAGGAUGAGUAAAGCCAAGAUUGAUAGAAGGGCCGGUUCUGGAACCUGGAAAGGCCAAACAACAAAUCGAUUUCAACAAUCUGAAGGGAAGAGUCGUUGGGCAAAGAAAGCGUUCAUAUUUGAAGUUGAUAAGAAAAAUUUGAAAUCCGUUGGCCAAAACAAUGGGCGCUGGCUUAUGGUAGAGUUUUCAUUAGGCGAUGAAGGGUUUGAUGGAAAAGCUGUGCUGUGUAGAAUCUAUAACAAACAUGCAAGAGAUUUUCACAAGAAAGAACAAGUUGGUGUUGAUUAUUCAAAUUGUGAGGCAAUAGUCCCGUACGUUAAAAAGAAACAAGUAUCUUUGGCUGAUGACAAGGAAGGGAAUCAGCAUCCAACGAAGAAGAUGAAGAAACAAAGAUCUAUUGCUGAUGACGAGGAAGGACAUCAGAACUCAAAGAAGAUGAAGCAGCAGGAGCCGGUUGACUUAUACGGAGAGAGCAUUGGCAGCACUAGUUGUUGUCCUUCAAAUUUCGUAGUGGAGCAACUACCAGUAUCGUCUGACUACUCAAGUAGAUUCCCUGAAGAUGAAGCUGUCUUUUUAGCAGAUGGAGAAUUAAAUUCCCUUCUUGACUUUCCAUCAGAUUAUGAUCUAACAUCACUCCUCUUAGAUAUGGACGUAGGGACUGGAACUUUCCCUGAAGAUGAGCUCAGCAAAUUUUUGGCGGAGAACAUCGAUGACGGUGGCUUCUUCUCUUCCAUGCCACCUCUCACUAUGCAAUGCAACAAAGUUAACAAAGACGACGAAAACGGCAACAAUCUCUCCUCAUCGAUGCCUCUGCAAGGAGGGCUUUGCGACAGAAAUGCAGUUUUGCGGGAUGUUAAUUAGUAUGCUUUAUUUCUAGUUUCAUUGUAAUUAAACUCGGUGGUUAUAAUGCAUAGAUUGAUUCCCAUAUCUGCAAUUAUUAAUCAAAGCUUCCACUU